AUGGCCGAUGAGGCUGUUCAGCUUGAGGCUGAGCUACGCCAGCAGCUGGACGAGCAGCGCGCUUCAUUAGCAGAGGUCAACGACAUGCUGCAGCUGGACCCGGGCAGCGAGGAGCUGCAGGCGCUGGUCGAGCAGCUGGCGGAAGCCGUGCAGCAGCUGCAGGCCGCACUGCUUGACCUCAAAAAGCAGCGCAUGCUCAUGGAGCUGGAUGCGAUGGAGGCGGGGGUCGCCGCGGCCGCCGCCGCCCCCCUCAACGCAGCCGAGGUGGCCGCCGUCUUGCCAGCGGACGCAGCGCCAGGCCCGGUGACAGGGGCCGCCGGUGGCGUGCAGGGGUUUCCCUGCUCUGACGGCCGGGAGCACAGGGGCCGGGGCGCGAGCGGCAGCGUGAGCGACGGCGACGGCGGCGGCGGCAGCGAGAGCAGCGGCGAGAGCGGCAGCGGAAGCAGCGGCAGCAGCAGCGGCAGCAGUGGCGGCUCGUCUUCUGAUUCAGAAGGCGAGCCGGAGGAGGGUCACGGCGGGCUUGGGCUGGGCGGCGCGCUGGGGCACGCGAGGGCCGCCGCGAAGGCGGGCGCGCAGACGGAGACGGUGUUGUUUGCAGCGUGGGAGGAUCACGGCAGAGGGAUCGCUUCGAAGCUCCUCGCGCGGAUGGGGUACAAGGCUGGGGCGGGUCUGGGCAAGGGUGGCUCGGGGCUGGUGGAGCCGCUGACUGCGGAGCAGCUGCCGAAGCAGCGCGGCCUGGGCCACAGGAAGCACCACCACCACAAACACUCCAAGCAUCACAAGCACCGGGACGGCGAGGGCGGGGAGGCAGGGGCAGACGGCGGCGGCGGCGGUGGCGGCGGCGGCGGCGGCGCAGAGGGCGAGGGGGAGGGGGAGGCGCGCGCGCGGAAGCGGCCGCGCGGCGGCGAGCGCGCGCGCCGGAGAAAGGAGGCGCACGCGGCGCGCGCGGACAAGCAGCGGCGCGCGGACGGGCGGCAGGCCGCUGAGCUGGCGGGGGAGGCGCCCGGGCUGUUUGGGUUCAUCAAUCAGGUCCAGCGGCUGCAGGAGAUGGCGCAGCGCAACAAGGGCAACGCGGGCCUGUCUGGGCAGAUCGAGGCGAAGCUCGCGGAGGCGCGGCGCGAGCUGGAGGAAGCCAGGGGGGCGGCCAGGGCGGUCCACAGGAGCGUGAACCAGCGGGAGGCGGAGAGGCGGUGGACCAAGUUCUGA